UACUUAGUAUAUAAAAGAGACAAAUGUUAGGCUAUUGGAGCUCAAAGUCUCUAUAAUUAUAAGAGAAAAAAAAACAGUCGUCACGGAAUUCGGAAUAAAGGCGUUGUUCGAUCGCGGGUUUUCAAGGGGCUUGCUGCCGCUAGUUGCAGCUCGGUUGGGCUUUUAGUUUUUUCGGUUGUUUGCACCGUGUGAGCACAGUGACUUUUGGCCCAAGUAAUCGAGUCCGAAGUGUUCUGUGAAAAACGUGUCACGAAAACAGCCGUAUCCUCCAAUAAUUUUCCGUUUUUAGUGUCUCUUGCUGACGAAGCACAGCUGAAGUGCUUUUUUAACUCGUUUCCAAAGCAGUGCGGAGCCUGUUGAGAUAUUUUAAUUUGUGUUCCAUCGCAUCACUUCGAGCAUACCACAGGUUGCCUUAGUGCUUGUCCAGUUGUCAUCGUCGUCGUCAUCAUCUUUUCGUGUACGCGUGAAAAAAGUUUACUGAAGAGCUAAAAGGCUGCAACGAAACCAAUGGCUGCUAUAAGGAAAAAGCUGGUAAUCGUUGGCGAUGGUGCCUGCGGUAAGACGUGCCUCCUGAUCGUCUUCAGCAAGGAUCAGUUUCCAGAGGUGUACGUGCCGACCGUGUUCGAGAAUUAUGUCGCCGAUAUCGAAGUCGACGGCAAGCAGGUGGAACUAGCGCUAUGGGAUACUGCUGGGCAAGAAGACUACGAUAGACUGAGGCCUCUGAGCUAUCCGGAUACGGACGUGAUCCUGAUGUGCUUUUCGGUAGACUCACCCGAUUCAUUGGAGAAUAUCCCGGAGAAAUGGACCCCUGAGGUCAAACACUUUUGCCCCAACGUACCCAUCAUUUUAGUCGGCAAUAAGAAAGAUCUUCGGAAUGAUCCUCACACAAUUAAGGAGUUGGCCAAAAUGAAGCAGGAGCCAGUCAAGCCACAGGAAGGACGUGCAAUGGCUGAGAAGAUAAACGCAUUCGCUUAUUUAGAGUGUUCAGCCAAGUCGAAGGAAGGUGUGCGCGAGGUAUUUGAAACUGCAACGAGAGCCGCGUUACAGGUGAAAAAGAAGAAGAAGAGUAAAUGUGUUCUGCUCUAAAAGAGUAAACAGCAUUGUGCUCCCAAGCAAAUGGCGUGUAUUCGUAUGCGAUGCUGCGUACACUGGAUUCCAGAGGAUGCGGCAUGUCGAUGGUCAAGCGUAAAGAAAACAAAAAAUAUAAAACGACAAACUCCCUCUACGACCCCCAAACAUUACCAUCUUGGUUAAUCGCUUCGGUUGCUAAAGAAAACAGUGAACAAGGAGGAUGAUAGGAAACAACCAACUAAAGUCCAACCACAAGAUUCCGUUUGUACCGCGAAGUGGUAGCAAACCGACAACAAGGCGAGAGAGGCGAGGACAACAACGAUGAGUCAAAAAAGAAAGGGGCACAGAUUACAGAUUUGGACAGUACUCUAGCACCACGCGAACAUGCAAAUUUAGAAAGAGCAGCAAGUGAAGCAGACGACAUGAGAGUAGUAGAUUAUUUGUGUUCUAACUCAGUUGCUUCUCCAUUACGAUGCUGAGAAGAAAAUGUAUUUGCUAUCUCCGGUAACCGAUGUAAUUAACUGCGUAAAGAAUGUUUGUUUUAUCAACAAAAACCAGACAACAACACCAGAGUUCGCCCAUAUUUGCCCAGAGUGUAGAACAGCCGCUUGGUCGAUAACAAUAGAGAAAAUCGCCAUUCUCGUCGACCAAUGGAUCAAGAAAUCAAUAACACGCCACACCAUAAGAAAUUAUGCGUAUAUGUAUGCGUCUGGCGUUCUGUUCUUUCUGCAUCAAUCAAAAACAACAAGACGCUGUCUCUGAAACACAUCCAAAUCUCGUCGAAACAAAAGGCUUAUAAUGAGACGAGGACAAUGUAUACCAUCUCGCUAAUGGAUUUGAAACAAUGAAAAAUCGCGCUGGUUCGAUUGCUUUUUCGAAGCAACUCGAUACUUUUACAUUGUGUAAUGUUCGUUUGCUUUUUCUUAUUCCUCGAAUCAGCUGUUACAGAUAUUUGUGCUUUGGGAAUGGACAAGAGUGCAAAAGCACGGUUUUGAUAGCGCAGGAAUAUUAUUCUUCUAAUUGUAUGGUCUAUGUUUCUCAUUUUUGGCUCCAUUUUUACUAUCAACACACACACACACACACACACAUCUAUAUAUAUAUAGCAUCAUAGCAUGGCAUCUAUUAGAUGUGUUUUUUUAUUAUUAACUAUUUGAUAAGAGGUUAAGUAAAUGUUGUGUUUGCAAAACGAUACAGCAAAAACAGAACACUAAGAAAAAUGAUAGACCAGGCCAUCUUGGGGAAAGCUUUUCUUCAUUUAUUGGGCACUUCAGAAGAGCGAAAAAGAACACAAGAUACACACAAACACGCGCAAACAUGUCCCGCGUACACAUACAGCCACACACACACACAUACACACGAGCACUGCACACUUUGGAUCAUGAUUGUUAUUCUGUUUUUACGUUGCGUGAACUCUGCAAGUGACGAGCAAGGUCCCAGUCUGCCAGAUAAAGGAGAAUGCAGGUUAAUGUAUCCGAAAUUACCACAAAACACGACUACCAACUUUUCCCACGAAAAGGCGAUCCGACAACAGAACGAAAACUUUCAAUUGAUAUCCGAUGCUUGUAAAUGGGUGUGUGCUUUGUGCAUUUGUGUGUGCCAAGUUCGUGGAUUCUUAAAACUUGUACGCUUACAACGGGUCGUGGCUGCGGCGCUCUGCGCGUAUGCAACAGCGAAGGACAUCGAGAGUAAAAGAACAAAAAAAAACCAUAAGAGCGCAACGUCAAUGGAUACAAAUGAUUAAUGGAAAGGAUACGGCAAAAAAGAGUUGAAACGACCAUAAUAAGUUGAGGAUCGCGUAAUAAGAUCGAGGGGUGGAAAGUUUAGGCUAGUAUAGAGUAACACAGAUUAGCGAAGCGAAGAGUCAGAAUUUUAAAAGAGAAAGCAAGAAGAAGAAUAAAUUCUAACCAAUGAUAAAUGGAACAAAAACGCAUAAAACGCAGCUCCUCUUGUGGAUAGUCGGCUCCUGUCGGGAGUCGAUCGUCUCUUAGUGUUACUUGGGAAAUAAAAUCGAUGUGCACACACUCGACGCCGAACGAAUCGCGAGCAGCCGUGUAACUGCGCAUCGUAGCUAUCUCCAUCGUCACAUGAUUUGUUGUGCGUGCACGGAUCAUUCCGCGAAUCCGUCACCUAUUUCUCGCUCUUCCCCUGCGCACUGUUUUCGAUUGAUAAGCGUUGAAUUUCGCGUAAAGCUCACAAGGAGCGUAUACCAAAAAGGAUGCCUUGUAGAAUUGUCAUACGAAAUCUUUAACGAAUGGCGACAGUUGUGAGAACUUUUUUCACCACGAAAUACCCGAAUCGAUCCACGGAAGAAAGUGGCGUGCGUACUGCGUACGCAUCUCCAGCAGCAGCAAUCAAUUCUUUCUCUACAAUCGUGCUUUGCAUUUUGCAUUUGUGUCAUCCUGUUUUGGAUAAUGACGUUGGAAAGAUAGCUUAGAACACAUUGGCUUAACCUUUGUCGUCACAUGUAUAUGUUCAUCUCGCCAGUGUCUGCCGGAGUGUAUGCCAUGGGCAUAACUUUCGCACUUUUGGGCAAUGGCGCACAAAAACGCAGGGAGAAUGUUGUAACAAACUAUUCUUUGAUGUGACUGUCCAUUGAACUUCAAUUUGCCCUUGAAUUGCCGGUAUUGCUUAACCAACGGAGUAACUUUGCACAAUUUGUGCGGCACGAUGUGCGAACGAUAAAAAAUCAGAGAUACAAAAUACGGAUAACAGAAAAUCAGAUCUUGUUGGCAAAGGGGAAAAGCCAACAAACCAACAUAAGCUAAUCUUAACAAAUUAAUUCGAAUCGGGUAUUUUAGCACAUUUAAAUAAUAUUUCAGAUUAGCUAGGUUAGGUGCUUUCGUGAGAGUGUAGCCAUUGCGAGUCGAACGAACGAUCAUCCUUCCCGGCAGUUCAGGUUCGAUCGAUAACCCAGCUAACCAAGCUAACCAAAAUCUUCGUCAUAAUACGGUGUGAUCAAAUGAUUGAUUUAUUUCGUUUGGGAACAGUAGGCCAUCUUGACGAUCGUUUAUCAUUUGCAGCGACAAACACACUCACGAAAGCAAUUCCGCCAGCAAUAGAAAUCGCUUUACCGAAACGAUGCAGUAUAUACUCAGCGCAGUUUACGAAACGGACCGGCGUCCAAUCUGCUAUUUAUUGUCUGCUAAAGAACAACGGUAACCACUGAGAAAGACGGUAAAGAAAGUACCCUUAACUUACAACUGGUAAACGUAGAGAUUUACAAUUCACAUUAUUACAAUCCUCCCCACCAAUGGUUAUACAUAUACAUGCCACAGAAACGAAUCAAAACACAAAGGAUUAGAGUUUCCCGUUUUUACACAAUGAUGAUGUCAAUCUGUGACCAAUGAACCACGGUGUCGGAGCGCCGUGGAUUUUAUUGAAGAAAACAGACUAAAGGGAGGAUUCAGGGCAAGUAGAUUUUUUGUGGGUGUUGUGGCGCGUGACCCAGCUAAUAUACGACUGACCGCAAUUACACACACACACACACACACAUACACACAUUCUAAUUAAGAUCACAAUCGGCACAUUUUAUUAUACAAUACCACAGUAACUCUAUUUCUAAACUUCUGCAUAACUUGUAGCGUCGAUCAUCGCACAGUGUUUAUCGUCCGCUUUUGUGUUUGGAACCAAUUUCCUCUUCAAGAAUUUAAACUGUGAAGCUAUUUUGAUCGCGAGAAACAAAACAGUCGAGAAUAAUCGUCGAUACAGUAUGUGGAAGGGCCAUGAUAGUUAGUUUGAAACUGAAAGCGGCUUGGGUUGUGGAAGAAAUGUGACGAUUGUUGUUACUCCUAAUACUCUCAUUGUCCAGUUUUGGGAUGCCACGCAACACAGCAAAUGCUAGAGAAGAGGUCGUCACUAUGUUUUUGAAACGGGAUUAGUGAAUGAUACGGUAGUUAGGACACGAUGAGCGAACCAGUCGAAGGUCCCUUACGGCACCGAAUUGGGUUUUUGUAUCGGACAUCGUAGAAGAUGGCACAAGGCCUUCCAGCAUGAACUUGCUAAUCGGAGACGAACUGAGCAUAGCUUAUCAUCUUUUCUAAAGUAACUACUAGAUACUAGAAAGAGUAGAAUUUUUUACUGCACGACUUUCUUUUUGUACUAUCUACGAUUGGGUUAUAUGAAUACUGUUUAACAAUGAGCGAUUUGGGGUUUUACCCGUGCUUUUGGGAAUGUCUGAGGCCAAUUUGCCCGAAGCCUGAAGAAGAAAAUAAACUGGGAUUAAUAAUGUGUGUUUCUUCGUAUGUUUACACUUUAUUUUAGGAAAAUUGGCGCUUCAGAAACAUUACCGGUUUACCGAUCGUUAUCACAUUAUCACGCCUCGGCAACAUGAUACUAGGCAAAGCCGAACUAAAUAACAUUAAUUACAAAAUAUUUAUGCUUUUGACAGACACAAAUUUCGCCAUUUCGCAUUCGAUAUUUGCAUAGUGUCGCAGGAACACAGGACAUACGCAAUUUCGCUUUUUUUUGUGCUGUGUAAAAUGCCCUCAUUGAAUAACGGCCCUUAAAAUCUACCUGGUGUCACAGACGGUACUUGGAAUGUUACCAAACAUUAACAAAAGGAUGAAGUAAAUACACAAAUUACCAUUUCCAUAGGCUUACGCAAUCGAUGCUGCUUACCGAUGCUGAUACGGUUAACCGACUUAAAUUCUUCACUCAUAACAACACUUCAUAUAGGUGAAUGGUGAUAGUGGGCGAGAACCUUUGGUCAUGAUCAAUACAUACUUACCAUAAAAAAAUUUGAACCCAAAGCCUCAAUUUUACACACCGAGAAUGUGCGCGCGCUCUUACAUCUCUUAGAAAUAUAGAUAAAAGAAACUAAUUACAACAGACAGGUAAAAAAUGUCGAAAACAGCGAGGGAAGAAAGUCCAAAGCUACGUCGUCAAAAUUCGUAGUCGAAAGUAGUGUAAGAAAGAUGCGCGCGAAGAAAUUAAAUGCAUGGGAGAGCGAAAACGUGUUUGAAUGGGACAUUUUUAUGUGCAACCCAUUGUUCCUGAAACGGAGCAAAGGAGAGACCGAUGCACCAAAUCAGGUACAGCAAAAUCAGUUUUUGGCGAGCUGAGUUCCUACUUUGCUAUUCGCCGAUGAAUGCAAGUAUUUAAAAGCAGAUACCGAAAGAAUGCUACAUUAACCGAUAACAAAUGCAACUAAACGUCGUAAGCGAUAGGGAGUGAUAAGUUUUGAAAUUCUGCUUGGGAUAUAAUGGGUAACGGAAAUCAAGGGCCGUUUGCCGAGCAAAGAAUCGGUGGGCGAGGGUUUAUUAGAAACAAAAAAACUAAGCAAAACCUAUGGAAGAUGUUUUUAAAACUUUAUUAAUUGCGAAACAGACGAAAGCAGCCGAGAGUAAAGGGAACGUCGAUGAGAAAAGAAAUAAA